GUCCCGGUGACCGGUCCCGUCCGCUCGAGCCGAGGGAGAAAGUGCACCUGCUCCGGGUCUCCACCCUCCACCAUGAAGCGGCCGAGUGCGCAGAGUUCGAGGGCGGAGCCAGCAAGCUUCGUCGACAUUCUGGAGGAGAGGAGGCGGGGCAGCGACAUAAGCCACGCCCUCAGGGCGUUCAGUCCCCCGCCGGGUUGCGGGGCUCCGCCUCCUUCGCCGAGCGCGCUCAAUAAGAUGGUGCUGGAAUCUCAGCAUCUGCGCUACGUCGUCUUGGAGGUAGCAGCAGAAUCUGGCAAGCCGCAGGCGCGUGUGAGGGAGGAGGCAGCCGCCUUACUGGACGAGAUGAGUCAGAACCUGCAGGUGACCUUCAUCCGCCUGCUGGGUUUCGCGCUCAGCAAGAUCUUCACCAGGCUCUUCCGUCGAAUACAGGUCAACGAGGACGGCCUGGCGCGGCUCCAGCAGGCCACUCAGGAGCAUCCCGUCAUCCUGAUGCCCAAUCACAGGAGUUACGUGGACUUUCUGGUCCUGUCAUACAUCAUGUUCACCUACGACCUCUCUAUCCCGGUCAUCGCAGCUGGAAUUCCUCUCAUGGGGAUGUCUCUGAUCGGCGAGAUCUUCCGUCGAUCAGGAGCGUUCUUUAUCCGGCGCGCCAUUGGCUCGGAUAAGCUCUACUGGGCGGUGCUCUCGGAGUACGUCCGAACCAUAGUGCGGACGGGCUUCGCUCCUGUAGAGUUUUAUGUCGAAGGACUGCGCAGUCGGACACUGAAGUCACUCACACCAAAGAUGGGUAUGAUGCACAUGGUCCUGGAGCCCUUCCUAAAAGGCGAGGUGUAUGACCUCAGCCUGGUCCCGGUCAGCAUCAGCUACGACCGCGUCCUGGAGGAGUCCUUGUUGGCGCACGAGUUGCUGGGGGUGCCCAAACCCAGAGAGACCACGCGGGGUUUACUGAAGGCCCGGCGCGUUCUGGAGCAGGACUACGGCAGCAUGCACGUGUACUUCGGGAACCCCGUGUCCGUGAGAGAGCUGGCCAAGGGGCGGAUCGGCCGCGGACAGUACAACCUGGUGCCCAGGGACCUGCCCGGGAGGCCGAGCGAGGAGUCGCAAGCGUUCGCGAGCGCUGCGGCCCACCGGGUGGUGAGGCUGCAGGAGCGCGGCACCGUGCUGAGUCCCUGGAGCCUGACGGCCCUGCUGGUCCUGCAGAGGCCGGACGGGACGCGCUGGGACCUGCUCGCCCGCGACACCCUGUGGCUGCGCGGCAUCGCGCUGCAGCUCGGAGCCCGCCUCGACUGGCCCGCCGAUCUUCCCGAUUUGGAAGUGAUGUCAUCGAGCAUGGCCCUGCACCGUUCCGUAGUAAGGUGCGAGGAGGGGUGCGUCUGGCUGGUCGAAGAGGCGGGGCCAGAACCCGUCACUCAAGAGGAGGGCGUGUUCAGGCGGGCGUCUGCUGUCCUCAUGUGCGCCUCCUACAGGAAUCAAGCCCUGCACGUGUUCACGCGCCCCGCUAUGGUGGCGGUCGCCAUGGGAACGGUCCCGGGCCACAGUCAAGAAGAUAUCUACAGGCACUUCUGCUUCCUGAGAGAUCUAUUCGCCAACGAGUUCGUCUUCGUGCCCGGCUGCGGACCGCAGGAUUUUGAGGAAGGCUGCUCUGGUCUACAGCAGUGUGGAGCGGUGAGCGCCACAGACCACGAGCUGAAACCGACUGAAGAAGAGCGAGAUACCAUUGUCUUCCUCAGUGCCAUUCUAGAACCUUUUAUCGAGACCUACCAGGUGGUGUUUAGAAUUUUGUGUGACGAGAGAUUGCAGGUGUUUACGGAGAAGAGCUUUGUCCCGGCCGUCCGUGCAGACGCGAUGAAACUCCUUAUAUCAGGUGAAGCGCGCUCACACGAAUGCUUGUCCUCAGACACCCAGAAGAACGUCCUCUCGGCUCUGCUCAGGAUGGGGGCCGUGUCCAAGUCCGGACUAGCUGACCAUGUUGAAUACAGGAUAAACAGGGCAGCAGUAAGAAGAAUAUGGCAAACACUAGUCGGCAGGGUGACUCCUCAGAUGAAGGCAUGUGCCAGGCUGUGACGGCGUCCGAGGCUUUGGGAGCGCCACAGCAUCCUGGCCCAGCGCUUCCAAACAUCCGAUGCACAGUCCAAUCAAGUUUCUAACACCCAACCCCUGCCGCUGUGGGCCGGAAACCCCUCCUGUCUGGCGUAUGAGCAAUCGCUGAAUCAGCUACACCACUGACACGUUUCUCUAUCGACGGCCUCUACACCCUGAUCCCUCCAAGGAAAUCGGAUCUACUUUGCGAGAAGCAACCACACACCACCAAGUGUGUAACAGUUACGUUAACAGGAAUAAUAAUGCGGUUAAUAGUAAUAAUAAUAAGUAUUAAGCUAAUACACUCAAGUAACCCGGAAACUAAUGAAUGAAUAUUAUAUAUAAUUAAUAAUUAAUGAAACUAAUAACUAAUAAACUAAGUUAAUCUUAAACUAAAACACAAAACAGCACACAAUCCGCAAUAAUUAGCAGCCGUUCCGUCCUUGUGGCUGGAACAUCUGUAGUUUUUGAUGAACAGUUGUAGAUAUUUUAAAUGUCAAUAAUUUAUAAUAGGAAAUACUUGACCAAAACACCACUAAACAAUCAAAUCACUGUGAAUUAGCAUGCAAUAAGUGUGGAUUUUGUAUAAGGCAACAUGAAACAUUUUUAAUGAUUAAUGAUUAAUUAAUGAUUAAAAAAAAUUAAAGUGCAUUUAAAGAA